CGAUCCAUGUCGUCGUUUCCAAAUGACUCCGGAGACAUGUCUCCACAGAGAAAGCAAGGUAAGGGAAAGAUCGAGAUCAAGCGGAUCGAGAACACCACAAAUCGACAGGUGACUUUUUGUAAGCGCCGAAGCGGGUUGCUCAAGAAGGCCUAUGAGUUGUCUGUUCUUUGCGAUGCUGAGGUUGCGCUUAUCGUCUUCUCAAGCCGUGGCCGCCUUUACGAGUAUGCUAACAACAGUGUUAGAGGAACGAUCGAUAGGUACAAAAAGGCGUGUCUGGAUCCACCUAGCGGUGGCUCGGUUGUUGAAGCCAACGCUCAGUUUUACCAACAAGAAGGUGCAAAACUACGUCAACAAAUCGCAAACCUUCAGAACCAAAACAGGAACAUCAUGGGUGAAUCUUUAACAGACAUGCCGGUGAAGGAUCUCAAGAACCUCGAAGGCAAGUUAGAGAAAGCGAUCAGCAGAAUCCGAUCAAAAAAGAAUGAACUGUUAUUUGCUGAAAUCGAGUAUAUGCAAAAGAGGGAACUUGAAUUGCAUAACAGCAAUCAAUUCCUCCGAGCGAAGAUAGCUGAAAAUGAAAGAGCUCAGCAGCAGCAAAUGAGCUUGAUGCCAGGAAGUUCCGAUUACGAGCUCGUGCCACCUCACCAGCCGUUUGAUGGUCGAAACUACCUUCAACCGAACGAGCUCCAAUCUGAUAACAACUACUCUUGCCAAGAUCAAACGCCUCUCCAGUUAGUGUAA